CGAGGUGCCGGGACUUGGCGUCCGGGUCCUAAGCCGCUCUAGGCACACUCCGCUACCCUCUUCUAGGGGCCUGAGGGCGGCUUGUGAUAUUCGGGGACGCGAUCGAGUCUGGCCCUUCGCGCCCUGCGUCCCAGUUUCUCAGUGGAGCGCGUCUCCUGUCCGGCUCCCGGACAUCCGCGCCGAAAAAGGGGCUGGAGAGGAAACCAGAUCCUGGUUAAAUAGAUUUCUUCGCAGAUCCUGUGCAGUUACACCUUGCGAGCUCACACGUAACAACAACCCCCCCCCCCCAAAAAUGAAGAAAUUAAGACUUAAGGAACUAGAGAGUCGCCUGCAACAAGUGGAUGGAUUCGAAAAGCCCAAGAUACUUCUAGAACAGUAUCCCACCAGGCCGCACAUUGCAGCAUGUAUGCUCUAUACAAUCCAUAACACAUACGAUGACAUUGAAAAUAAAAUGGUUGCAGAUCUGGGAUGUGGUUGUGGAGUGCUGAGCAUCGGAACUGCAAUGUUAGGAGCAGGGUUGUGUGUUGGAUUUGACAUAGAUGAAGAUGCAUUGGAAAUAUUUAACAGGAAUGUGGAGGAAUUUGAGUUAACAAAUGUUGACAUGGUUCAAUGUGAUGUGUUCUCAUUAUCUAACAGAAUGUCCAAGUCAUUUGACACAGUAAUUAUGAAUCCUCCCUUUGGGACCAAAAAUAAUAAAGGGACAGAUAUGGCUUUUCUAAAGACUGCUUUGGAAAUGGCAAGAACAGCAGUAUAUUCUUUACACAAAUCCUCAACUAGAGAAAGCUUCGAUAUGACCUGCCAGCAUCAUACAACUUUCAUAAAAAGAAAUCAGUGGACAUUGAAGUGGACCUAAUUCGAUUUUCAUUUUGAAAUCUUCCAAAAGCAAAGGCAUUUUAAAACCUAAUUAAAAUGAAUAAAAAAACU